AUUGUGUAGCAGCCUACUGAGCUUGUCAAUAACUUCACCAACGCGAUGCUAGGAAGUCACAUCGUCUAUAUUUUAUGAGUAGCCGUAGCAACACCUCGGAUUGAUGGACGCUGGAAUAUAACAUAACAUAUAACUGAAAUAAACAUUAUGAUGACAUGGCUAGCUAGUUGAUAUCCCACGCGCUGUUGAUUCCACCCUAUUCUAGCCAGAGAGCAAGGUUGAAGCUGGCUAGAAAGCAAUAAAACAGUUGGCUAACGUGAACGCGAUAUAAUAAUUUGGUGGUUGUUUAACUAGCUAUAGAUAUUUACCUUGCUCUCGAGAACCCAAUCCAUUCUGCCUUAUCCCAAGGAUUCUCAGCUAUAAGCACCGCCUACCGGUGGGACCAAGUGAACUACAAUCUCGACGCUCUGUUUUCACGUUUGAAACGUCAUUCAUCGCUUUUGAUAUCGUUUUCGAAACAUAAGUUCCAUAUCUUUCAUAUCGGCGAGAAAGUAUCUUUCAAAUAAAAAAGAUACACUUACUGUAGCAGAUUUCCAUACAUCUGUGUGCCUCCAGCCAACGAACUACACUUCCUCCCUAGUUACGCUUACACACAGGUGUUCGAGCACGCUAGAUAGCUAAUUGGCACAGGUGGUCGCCUGUCUUCUGUCUGUCUUCGUGAACAAGCGUUGUAACAUGGAAAUAUGGUUGUGUGGGAACAAUACCCUUAAUACAGGCAGCACAAAAUAAAUUGUUAAGCCAUAAAUAAUUUGCCUAUCUACUAGACUUUAUGGUCGUGUCAGGUUGAACUUUCCUGACAAGGGUGUAGCUGUAUCACUAAAAAUUGAAGACGUUUUACAUUGCCAUGAGCAGUGAGCUGAACGUGCCCAUGGGCUCCCCGGCCCCGGGGGGCUCAGAACAGAUGCCGGAGGGUGGAGGGAUGGACUACAGGGACUGGGUGCGCCGCAGCUACCUGGAGCUGGUCACCUCCAACCACCACUCUGUGCAGGCCCUGUCAUGGAGGAAGCUCUACCUGAGCCGGGCCAAGCUGAAAGCCUCCAGCCGCACCUCAGCCCUGCUCUCAGGCUUUGCUAUGGUGGCCAUGGUGGAGGUCCAGCUGGAGAUGCAGUACAACUACCCGCGCAUGCUCCUCAUCGCCUUUAGCGUGUGCACCACGGUGCUGGUGGCUGUACACCUAUUCGCGUUGCUCAUCAGCACCUGCAUCCUGCCGCACGUGGAGGCGGUCAGCAACAUCCACAACCUCAACUCGGUCAGUGAGUCGCCUCACGAGCGCAUGCACCACUACAUUGAGUUGGCCUGGGGCUUCUCCACCGCCCUGGGCAUCCUGCUCUUCCUGGCUGAGGUGGUGCUACUCUGCUGGAUCAAGUUCCUGCCCGUGGACUCUGGUGUCCCCAACCAGGUGGCUGUGGCGGCCGCCGAACUGGCACUAUCCAAGGUGAACUGUAGCGGCCCCGCCGUGCCGUCCACCACUCCGCCAGGGCACAGCGGCUGGCAGGCGGCCUUGGCCUCCACCAUCAUCAUGGUGCCGGUGGGGGUGAUCUUUGUGGUAUUCACCAUCCACUUCUACCGCUCGCUGGUGAGCCACAAGACAGAGCGCCACCAUCAGGAGAUUGAGGAACUGCACAAGAUUAAGGUGCAGUUGGAUGGGUGCGAGAGAGGCCUACAGGCAGUGUGAGCUCUUUAGCUCUUCUCUCUAUGCUCUUCUGUCCACUCAAUGCCUUCUCUCAUUGGCAUUGAGAAGCACCAAAAUUCCACUGAAUAAGUGGGAGGAUUACGAAUGUAUCCACGCUAAUUUGAAGUCAAAGAUUAGAGUAUGUUUGUUUUGGAAAAUAGUAUCUUGUCUCUGAGAGCAGUAGGAUCUGUUGUAUUGAGGUAAAUUAAAAAGGGACUUCUACAGAAUAUCUUGAGGGCUAUUUUGUUAUUUGUUCAUUUGUGCCAUCUCUCCACAUUUCAUAAAGGAAGUGGUGAAAACCGAAUAAGAUGUUAAACUUCACCUCAUGUGCUUGUUCUCACAAGGUGGUGUUAUUGUGCUCAUGCCAGGCUAUGUUUAACACAGAUCAUAGCUGUAAGCAGAUACAGAAGUGGGUGGAAACAACAGUCCAUUUAUUUUUGAAGUUGUUCAUGCUGCACCAAACAGUGUAAUGUUUCUCAGUAGGUGACAGCAACAGGAGCACACAUACAAAUGCUGUGUGUAGACAUGCUUUGGGGAGUAUGUUAUUUGAAUCUGCAUUAUAAUCCAUAUUUUAUAUAGAAAUCCCUCCCAGGCCUAUAAACUGUCUGUUAGUUCUUUAUGGUGUCAAAGAUGGUGAAUAGCUACGGUGCCUUGAUGUUAAGACUUGUAAUCUCCUCAUAUUAGUGAAGGACUGCUUGUAAAUGUAAAUACAGUCAACGGUGCCAGUUCUCUUGAAUAAAUAUUAUUUCUCUGCUUAAAGGAAGAUUAUUUUUUUUAGAAAUGAAGAUAACAUUCCAAACAGAUUUUUCUGACCAAGAAUCUCCUUUCAAUGUGGUGGAAAAAUACAAAAAUGCAGUUGUAGUUUAGUUUGGAAGUUAGUGUUAAUACUGGUAUGUCAGGUGUCUGUGCAAUUCUUCAACCUACGCAUUGUUUUCUUCUUCAGGUCAUACUUAAUUGUUGUAAAUGUCCCCUCUGAAAAAAGUUUAUUUGACCAAACAAAAGGAUUGUAUGUUGAUGGGAAAACAAUGCUGUCAAUUUGUUAAAACAUUACUUAUUUUGGAUAUUAACAACCCAUGCUGUAUUGUGGUACAUUUACUGCUUUAUGUGCACUGUAGUCUAUUAAAGGUUCUGUGGAAUAGCAUGUCUUUUCAUAUCUUGUCAAUGAAUGUUCAAUAAAGACUCAUCUUAUUUUGUUAUUUCCAUGCCCUA